UUAUCUAACCAGAUGAUGAAUAGCGUGCAUUGAAGAGCAGGGAAAUACGCUUUAGCCACGAUGGAGGUCCACGUCAAUCAAGCGGUAAACGCAUCCGUGGAAGAUCCAGUCUCCUUAUGGGAAGUGCCGAUCGUCCUGAGAGGUGUGGUGCUCUGUAGCAUGAUCCUCGCCACUGUCUUAGGGAACCUGUUCGUGAUAGCGGCUAUCGUGAUGGAACGAAAUUUGCAGUCCGUGGCGAAUUACUUAAUCGUCAGUUUGGCCGUCGCGGAUCUCAUGGUCGCCUGCCUUGUAAUGCCUCUCGGAGCUAUUUACGAGAUAAAGUCGCGAUGGUCACUCGGCCCGGAACUCUGCGACAUGUGGACCAGCAGCGACGUUCUAUGUUGCACAGCCUCGAUAUUGCAUCUGGUGGCUAUCGCGGUCGACAGAUAUUGGGCAGUCACCGAUAUCAAUUAUAUACAGGCGAGGAAUCCGAGAAGAAUCGGCAUCCUGAUCGGCACUGUAUGGGUGGUGUCCUUAGGAAUCUCAUUAGCACCCCAGCUCGGAUGGAAGGAUCCUGAUUAUUUGGGCCGCAUAGCCGCAGGGACGUGUCUCGUAUCGCAGGAUCCUGCAUAUCAGAUCUUUGCAACUUGCGCGACGUUUUAUGUUCCGCUUUUCAUCAUCUUAAUCCUGUACUGGAGGAUAUUCCAAGCGGCGCGAAGCAGAAUCAGGAGGAGGCCCGGAACCAUCCUUCAGCCUCCACGCGAACGAAGAGGCAUCCUCAGGCUCGUCACGAGAAGGCCGCGGGAGGAGUCAACUGCAUUCACCAUAACGAGAUCCACGCCGGACCACUCGUCCAUAUCGCCGGAGAAGUCGUCAUCGUACAACGGGGCGAACGUAACCCCGUCGGCGACGGUGACCCCGACGGCGGUGUCCACGACGACGACCACAACGACGCUGACGAAUCCGACCAGCACCAGCCAGCAGCAGCAGGUGGUCUCAACGAAGCGCACCCGCGAGACGAUCGAGUCGAAGCGAGAGAGGAAGGCGGCGAAGACCCUGGCGAUCAUCACCGGCGCAUUCGUCGCCUGCUGGCUGCCUUUCUUCCUGGUAGCGCUGCUGCAGGCCGUCUGCGAGGCCUGCAAGCCGCCCGAUUUUGUGGCCAGUUUGUUCCUGUGGCUCGGAUACUUCAACAGCACCCUCAACCCCGUGAUUUACACUGUGUUCUCGCCGGAAUUCAGGCAGGCAUUCAAAAGGAUGCUGUGCGGUGGUACGCGGGGACUUCGCUGACAGUGGAUUUAAUUCCUUUGCCGUGUACGGCAAAUAUGCUACGAGAUGCGUGAAACUUGUACAUAUAUACAUAUAUAUAUAUAUAUAUAUAUAUACAACAUAUAUACAUAUAUACAUAUAUGCCACGCACACACGCUCACUACCGGCGUUUUCUUCGACCUGGAUACUCGAAUCUAGUUGCUUCGAGCCGAUCUCGCGUAUCUAGAUGCGACAUAUCGAGAUUAAUUAUUAACACUUUUAAUUAUUAACAUCGUUAAAUUUCAUGGAAAAAAAUCUUUGCAGAAUCCAACAAACACAUUCUUUUUUAAUUUUUACGCUUGGCAAUCGUUCUACUUGAUGCGAGAGGUAGAAUAUUAUAUGUUUUUCCUUUCCCUCUCUCUCUCUCUCU